UCCUUGUUUCACUGCAGCUUGAAUAUAUUGGAAAGAUUCAUGAAAACUCUUCCUGGACAAUGGACAUCCAUACAGUUUACAAAUAUAUCUGCCGGUUUUGCCUCACUGUGCAGGUUAUUUGGGGUUUAGACGAAGUGAAAAUCCUGAAUCCUCCAGAGGAGGCUCUGCCAGACCAUCUUUUGGAAGUGCUCUACUCUUGUGAUGAACCUGCCACAGUACAGCUGGACUGUGUUGUUUCCUUUGAAACUGGCACCAUAUCCACACUCCUGCUAAGACGGUGGGCUUGUGUCCCCGGUGACACUAAAAUAAGGGCUGUGAAGCUGAAUCUGCCAGACUGGCUGGUGUAUCGAGCUGAUGGGAUUGUUCCAGACUCUCACUGGGUGCUGAGUUGUAUCCUUCGAGCCUCAGUCAGGCACAGUGGAUAUGGUGAUACUGUCAGAGCUCAACAUGUGGCAGCUUUGGAACCUAAGCCCUACUUAAGUCGACGUGUCAAACAACAUCAGCUCUGUAUUGCCUGGGGCACACAAAUGCUGCAGCUAACUAAACAGUUUUUCCAGAAACAGUGUGCCUUGGAACAAGAAACAGUUCAUUUGCUGUCGUCAAUCUAUGCUUCAACUGGAGAAAGGUUUGGCAUCACAAAGACACUGGAUCCCCACAGGAGUGAGGUUCUGGAGUACUCGCGCAUUAGAGCCAUCUCCUUCCCAUGGUGUACGUUUUCCAUCUGGUUAUAUGUAACCGGAUACUGCCAGGAAGCGCUGUGUGGCAUCUUUCAUCAUAUAGAUUCCCAAAAUAAUUAUGUCACACCUGCAUUACUCCUCACGAAUUCAGGCCACCUACACAUCCAGAUGAAUGGAGAGUCCGUGGAAUCCUCUGCAUUUCUCUCUGCAUUCAAGGUCCCUUUAAAUGAGUGGUGCAAUCUUAUUGUGAUGCUGCAGGGUAGAACAGUGACUGUCGGUAUGGUGUGCUUGGAUAAGGACCAGAGAACAGUUAUAUCCUCUGAUUAUAUGUUCAGAUUUACCAUCAUACUUGAUGACACAGAAGGAUAUUUUGUGAUUGGAGGAGGGAAAUAUAUUCGAGGAGUGGAAGGUUAUUUUGGACCAGUGGUGUAUCACCGCAACCGAAUAUUGCCUGGCAUUAUGUCUGACUUUUACGUUCCAGAUAUUAUCCAGAAUUCAAACCUGGCCGGGUGGCUGCAGACUUGCCACGAAUUUCAUCUUGAGAUGAAUACAAAGAUCAGCGGCCAUUCACUGAAGGUCAAGCAAAGGACAGAAUCUGGAACGUGUUCUCAUGCUUUCCAUAAGUGGAUGGUAAAACAGAGACUACCGUCGAAUCGACAGUGUGAACCAUGGGAGGCAGCUGCUCCUCACAGGAGACAUGCUGCUAAACUGGCCCAGUUAUUAGUUUUAAAACACGGAGGAAGACCAGUUAGCCUGCACGCUUUGGGCAGGGCACUGUACUCCUUAUCACUUCAUAAGCUGGGCAAAGCAAGCAGCGCUGAAGAGGUCAGCAGAGCAUUAUCGCUGCUUCUCCAAGCUGGCUGUCUAGCUGAUACCCGAGCUCUGCACAUGUCAUCUGUGCUCUACAGUGCUGGCCUGGGAACCCAGAAAAAGCCUAUUAAGGCUUGGCUCCUGGGCCUCCUGGGCGCCCAGAGGGAUGACCGAUUGGCAUUGCUGCAUCUUGGCCACUUGCACCAACAGGGACUACAAGGUCAGCCGGUGGAUCCAGACCUGGCCUAUGCCUAUUAUGCAAACAUUGCUCAUCAGACAACUUUGGAUCGUCAUAAUCCUUCACCACAGCAGACAACAGUUGAGCCUAUUUUUCUGAACAACGAUGAGAUGCUGAAUAUUCAGACCAAUGAGAACCAUCAUAUCUUUCAGUGGCUCAAACAUCAGGCCCGAAAGGGAGUAACAGAGGCUGAGCAAGCUAUUGCCCGCAUGCUGUUCUGGGGCCAGCAAGGAGUGACUCCAAACAUCCAGGAGGCCGUGAGACACUAUGAACGGGGAGCUGUCCAGUGGGAGGAUCCUGUCUCUAUGUAUGACUAUGGCAUAGUACUUCUGCAGGGACAUGGAGUGAAAAAGGACGUUUCAAAAGGCAUCACAUUUCUAAAGAAAGCAAUGGACAAGGGUCACGUUCCUGCAAUGAAUGCCCUGGCCUGGUACUACGAGCAGUUUGAGAAGGACUACAAGCAGGCCGUGCAGCUGUGGGAGCAGGCCGAUCUCCUCAUGUGUCCAGAAGCUGCUUUGAAUCUUGGUGUGAUUUACUCACAGGGUCUAUAUCCGGGAAAAGCUGCCAACCAGUAUAUGGCCUAUAAAUACUAUCUGAAGUCUGCAGAGAGAGGAAACAUCAGGGGAGGGAUUCUGAUUGCUGACAUUUGGACCACUGGGAUGCCGGGCUUUGUCAACAGACAUCCAUCAGAUGCUGUUUUGUGGGUAAAGUGGGCAGCUGAGCACAACGGAUACUUGGGCAGCAUCUUACGUAAAGCUCUGGAUGCCUAUCUCAAGAAUGACAUGUUCAUGUCACUCUUAUAUUACCUGAUGGCUGCUGAAUCAGGCUACGCAGCUGCACAGUUUAAUGUUGCUUACCUGUGCGAACAAAAUUCGGGAGGUUUUCUGGAUCCCGUUUAUGCAUCAGACUGUAUGUGGAGAUAUUACAACCUUACGAUCCAAAGCCAGAAUCCUAACACCUAUGCUUUUAUUAGGAUGGGCGACUUGUUUUAUGAGAGACGCGGUAACAGGCAGAAGAACUUGUUUUCCGCAGUGCAGAUGUACACACAGGCAGCGCUAAGGAGCAAUCCCCAGGGAUGGUAUAAUCUUGGCCUUCUUGCUGAAGAGGGUUACAAGCUGCCACUGUCUACGCUGACUGCACUUGGCCUCUCAGAGUUAUACCUGGCAGACAAAGACUUGCUUCUAGUUGCUCUGUACAAAAGGUGCAGAGACUCAGAAGAUACAGACUCAUUCUUUCCUUGCAGCCUUGCCCUCUUCAAUGUAUAUGUACACCAAACUCAAAUGCACUAUAAAGCUGCUAUUAAGUUCUGCACUGCUGUUGCCGUGGUUGCAGCUCCGACAGUGCUUUUAAUCGUCCUCGGCACGUUCAGGAGACGCUUCCUGUCUCUGCACUAGAUCCAAGGUUGUUGUGAUGAUUGUCUGCAAGCAAACCGAAGGACUGCCUGGAAAGGCCAAGCUUCAUAAGCACGCAAAUAUUUUCUGUUAGUUUACCUUCUGCUGAUAGGGGACAGCUGUAAAAGAACAAAGCUGACAUGAAAAAAUAAAUAUAUUUUUUGUAUGUUUGUAAUCUCUGUUGUUUGUUACUGUUAAAAGAC